CUAUCGUUAGCGCAGUACGCUUGCGCGGGGAGUGGCGGCCAUUUUGGAUACCGGCUGAGGCGGAACUGAGGCCUAGCACAGACCUAGGAACACUAUGUCUCGAAGAUAUGAUUCCCGAACGACCAUCUUUUCCCCAGAAGGGCGACUGUAUCAGGUGGAAUAUGCCAUGGAAGCCAUUGGGCACGCGGGGACCUGCCUUGGGAUCCUAGCAAACGAUGGCGUGCUGCUGGCAGCAGAAAGGCGCAACAUCCACAAACUCCUGGAUGAAGUCUUUUUCUCAGAGAAAAUCUACAAGCUCAAUGAGGAUAUGGCUUGCAGCGUGGCUGGAAUCACUUCAGAUGCCAAUGUAUUAACGAAUGAGCUGAGGCUAAUUGCACAGAGGUAUCUGUUGCAGUAUCAGGAGCCGAUCCCUUGUGAGCAGUUGGUAACAGCCCUGUGCGAUAUCAAGCAAGCUUACACUCAGUUUGGGGGGAAGCGUCCUUUUGGUGUUUCGCUGUUGUACAUCGGUUGGGAUAAGCAUUAUGGGUUCCAGCUGUACCAGAGUGACCCCAGUGGGAAUUAUGGCGGAUGGAAAGCCACCUGCAUUGGGAACAACAGCGCGGCAGCAGUUUCGAUGUUGAAGCAAGACUACAAAGAGGGAGAAAUGACCUUGAAAUCCGCCCUGGCCUUAGCUGUCAAGGUUCUGAACAAAACCAUGGAUGUCAGUAAACUCUCUGCAGAGAAAGUUGAAAUUGCGACCCUGACGAGAGAGAACGGGAAGACCAUCAUAAGGGUUUUGAAGCAAAAAGAAGUGGAAGUGUUGAUAAAGCAACACGAAGAGGAAGAAGCCAAAGCAGAGCGCGAAAAGAAAGAAAAAGAACAGAAAGAGAAGGAUAAAUAAGCCAGGCACCUUAACAAUGGUGGAGGGCCAUUUCAAUAAACUACUUCUGACCUUAACAGCGAAGUCAAGGAGCCAUGAAUCUUGGUUUAUUGAACAGCUCCUUUCACCAUUGGAAACGGUAACUUUUUUUCCUCAGUGAAUAAUAAUGUCUCAGCUCUUCAUCUUUAUUUCUUUUUUUAUUACAUAAUAAAAUAAAAUCUUUAGAAUGCUA